UCACUGACAUUUUGGACAGCAGGUCUGGAACACACAUCAGCUUUUUGGGCGUCUGCACAGACUUAAUCUGACAUUUUGGUUUGUAGACAUAAAAAAACGUAAUCGAAAAAGAAGUAAUACAAGAGAAGGGCAAACUGAGGAAGUGACAGCUGAGAUGGCUCCUUUGAUGUUCAAAGACGCCUUUUGGGGGUCUGACUUCACCUGUCAUGCUGGAUACGACGCCAUGAUCCAGAGGCUACGGGAAGGGAGGCAAAUGUGCAAAGAUAUGGAGGAACUUUUGAAGAUGAGGGCACUUGCAGAGGAGAAGUAUGGGAAGGAACUGGUGACGAUUGCUCGCAAAGCUGGAGGACAAACAGAGAUCAGCACUUUGAGGGCUUCCUUUGAACAACUAAAAUCAAAAAUAGAGAACAUUGGAAACUUUCACAUCCAAUUAUCUGAGAUAUCGAAAGAGGAGGUGAAAAAGAUUGAGACUUUCCGAGAACGUCAAAAGGAGCAGAGGAAAAAGUUUGAAAGCAUAAUGGAGAAGGUUCAAAAGAAAAAAGUUACCAUAUUCAAGAAGACCAUGGAGUCUAAAAAGACCUAUGAAGUAAAAUGCAAAGAGGCUGACGAGGCAGAGUCAAAUGAGAGAGCCAAUGCCCAGGCCAAAAACACUGAAAAGGUGCGUCAAAGAGUCAAACAGUGUAAACAAGCUGCUAACGAAGCAGAGAGGGUAUAUUUGACCAACAUUGAUCAGCUUGAAACGGUUCGUCGAGACUGGGAAGAGACCCACAAAAGCACGUGUGAGGUCUUCCAGCAGCUUGAGGGGGACAGGAUCAACAUUCUUCGGUGUGCCCUCUGGGAUCACUGCAACCAUUUCUCCUUGCAGUGUGUUAAAGAUGAUGAGCUCUACGAGGAGGUGAGGAAGAUUCUGGAGGUGUGUGACAUCACCACAGACAACAACUGUUUUAUAGAGCUGAAAAGAACUGGCUCCAAGCCACCAGAUCCGAUAGUGUUUGAAAGCUACUGCCCAUCCGGAAUAAAGAGGAACAGCAACGGCCAAGCUUUUUUUUCUCAGGAAGAUGUUUCAAGAAGGAGUUCAGAUCCUCUAAUCAGAAGAUCUGUUAGCAUUAAUGCUGAAAGUCUCUCCUUUUCACAACCAACCCUGGCCUCGGUGGAAGAAACUUCUUCUUUAGGUGAAACAUCAGAUAAUGGAUAUGCACCCCUUCCUUUAUUAUCCACAAUGCCUGCAGAAGAACAGUUUUAUGUUGUGCUCUAUGAGUACAAAGCACAGGAGCAGGAUGAGCUAUCUGUGAACAGAGGGGACAUAGUUCAGGUCCUGGUGAAAGGAGCAGAUGGCUGGUGGACGGUGGAGAGGCAUGGCUACAGUGGCCUGGUACCGGGAAACUAUCUGGACAAAAUCUGAACCCAUAUAUUGACUCCAAGCAAAACUAUAGACAUGUUUCAGCUUCAUGCUGCCCUAAAUUUCUGCUUUUAUAGAGGUGUAGUCAAAGGGUGGUUAAUUAUGUCACUGAAACCUAUUUAUUGGCUCUAACAAAGGAGGAAAGUUGCAGACUUAUUUAGACCGUGGACAGGUUUUUAAUCCUGAAACAUUUAUAAACUGGCUCUGUUCUUUAGUUUCCAUCUUCAGACGUGUCUGUUUUAUGGUUAAAAGCUCUACAACUAUGAUUGCUUUCAAAAGCAAAUUUCAUGAAAACCUGUGAGCACAAAGGUGAUAAUACUACUUUCUACUUUCUUUAAUAGUUUAGAUCUGCUUAAAUUACAUUUGGGCCCAGACAAAUCAGUCCAGUGCAUUUCUUGACUGGGCAGGACAUUCUGCGUUGGUAAUCCUAAGAAAGGGACACUUGAAAUUAGUUUUAGAAGCUUUAUUCUUUUCAACAACUAUAAACAAACAUUGUUUAAAAAAAAAAAAAA